GGCUGCUGCACCGCAUACCUGCUCGCGUACGCCCCGCCGCGCCUCAGCCAUAAUAUGUGCGCCUCCACAGCCCGCGGGAAGCUCGUGUAUCGCCCGCCGGCGCAGUCUAGAUAGGUGAGGGCAAAUCCCUGCCUAGGGCUAUGCUCGCAUUGGUCGGCUCCGUUGGGUACAAGGGAAGAAGAGCAAGUUCGGGGGCUCGGGAACACCGUCAGUUCCUUCGCGGUUCGUACCAACCGUCUCGUCUGCUGAUUACCGACGGCAUGGUCACCCUAGAUGCGACGGACUUCGCCGCUGGCGGUGUCGCCUUUGGUGCCGGCGCCGCGAUCGGGAGCGGUCUCGUCCACGACAUCAUCGGCUUCGUUUCUGUGGGCUGCGCCACCUACCAGGCAUAUUGGCUGCAUGUGUAUGGCCAGCCCGCUAAUUGUGGACUAGCUGGUAAUCUCUUUGCUUUACUCCGGUACUACGCUUGGGACGCGAGUAACGUGCUGCGGAGGCGUGGCCUUUCGCGGAGGGUCUUGGCUAGUGAAAGAACGUCGGUCCUGUCGCGUAGACGUACGCGCUGACGCAGAUGGUACCACGUCAGAAAGUACCAGUCUCUACAUACCGGUGCGCACGACUGAAGAGCCAGCAUGUUUGGCUCGCCAGUCGAAUUUGAAUAAGCGAGAUUCAAUCCCAUUGCUACGUGGUCGACGAUUCGUCCACAAACUUCGUUGGGAAGCCGCGGAGCUGGGCCAUCUAGAGGUGAC